AUGGUAUCAAUUGGAAUAAUGUUGAUAUUUGGUUCAUUAACUCUUCGAAAUAUUAAACAAAAUCAUCGUCGAAUUGCAAAUGUUAAGACUAAUCAAAACAAAAGUAAUGUACGCGGAUCACAAAGACAACAAUCAACAUUAACUGCUUUGAUGUUAAUACAACUACCUUUCUAUUUGUAUACACUUACUGGUAAACUAUUUCGAGAAGCACUUUUUCGACGUUUUCAUAAUCGAUUUUUUAUUGUCGUGGAAUGA